GCAGGAAAUAUGAUUUAACACGGAAAUAUGAAUGCAUCCUCUAUUUAGGGUCCUAGUACUGAUAUGUUCUAAAAAACGUAGUGGGUACCCUGGACGCGAACGACAGGUCGUGAGUGUCCCUUGUCAGUUUAAAGUUCGAAUUUGACUUGAAUUUUCGUCCAGAUACCUCUACCUUACUGUUUCUUUCACGCUGCAACUAUCCAUGAAGAUAUUACUGAAACAUCAUUACUUCAAGUGGUGAAAAGCUGCUAUGUUAUGAUUCUCUAUCCGGAAGAAGGCAUUGUUGACGAAUUUGGUGAAGAAACUUUCGGGGAGAAGACAAUCACCCGAACAUUAUCCUGAACGAUCCCGAUGGGUUGAUGGAUGAGGCAAUACGAAUUCUGCCAACCAGAUUAGGAAAAAUCCUAGAAAUUAGAGAGGUUAUCGAAAUACGGAUUGGAAAUCAUCAAAAGAAAUAUCGCUCCUUAUUAGUUACAAUGACGGCUGACUAUAAAGAUUAUGCAGGAACCCUUAAAUCUUCUAAGGUAUGCCUUCUUGACGAAUUGACGUUCGAAUUUCUGGUUGAUAACGGUCUUGAUCUUAAAAUCUGGGAUUGUCGUCCCAUGGGCAUAUACGAAGAUGCCGUGGAAUUGUCAGAACUUCGCUUCGACAAUGAGCAUGACCUUGAAUUUAUUGCCGAUGUAUGGAACUGCAUUCGAUCCAACGUUUUGGAUGAUCCCGUUAAAUGGGUCGAGACCUUGGAAAUAAUGGAGGAAAUGAAAAUAAGGCACCUUUCUACUAAAGAUAGCACCGUACUUCCAUACUUUGAGUUACACAUCCUUGACGUGCAGCUUAAUUGGACGGUUGGCCAGAAAGGGAUCCUGUACUUGGAUUUAGUAAUUUAUUUUGAACAAAUGGAGGACGGCGGGGUCUCCAGUAUGAAUAUAAUUCAUGCCGCUAUUAUUGACCUUGGCCCCCCGAAAGAAGACUCAUAUAUUGAAGGGCAUCCAACCUGCUUAUGUUUCCUUGGGGAGCACGCUCACACUAAACUUACACCUCUCGUGCUAAGCAACGUGACUAAGAUGUGCUACAGGAAAAUUAAAGCUAACCAAGUUCAGGAAAAGAUAUGGAAAGAAGUCGUAAUUGUAACCGAUCUUACGGACCAGGGCGUCAGGAUUACUGACCAAGCUUACACCAAAACUACCCUGAUCGAUCCGGAAAACUUAGUCGCGGCUGGUCUAAAUGAUUUGCCUGAUAAACCUGGCAAGUUGAUAGCGAUUAAAGAUGCAUUCACUAUUUUCGUUACGGACAAAGUAAGCGGGGUGGAGAAACCAAUUUUUAAAUAUGUCGUCGACUAUGAAGACUAUGAGGGAAGUUUACGAUUUUCGAAAACCGUGUGUCUAAUGUUGACUUCGACUAUGGAAACACUACGUACCCAGCAUGAGUUUUCACUAAUUUGGGAAUGCGAUGUACUAACCCAUUACAAGGACGAUAUGCGCUUUCUGGAUAUAGUUACGCUUCCUCUAGACGAUCCCUCGUUGAUUUCAGAGACUUGGACACGGAUCCAACGGGUUGUCCUGGAUGAUCCCGCUGCUUGGAAAGAUUUAUCGGAUAAGCUUAAGGAAUUCAGGGAUAUUGGGGAAUUAUAAAUUUAUGUAUGUCUUGCAUUACCAACUUAAACGCUAAAUAUGUGUUAAAAUUUGAUUUAAAUUUUAAAUUAACUUGAGGCCCAGUUUAUCAAUAAAAUGUUGUCUUAAAAUCAGA